AUGGAGAACAUUGAUUGUGAAGAUGUGUUUCCUACCAGAGAGAGGAAUCCCGUCAUUCAGGCGGACAGAGCUGUCCCUGCAUCACCAGCCCCAAACAACAAAGUGGUUUUGGUUCUCAAAGAGGUGGAGCCACGAACCGUUGUGACACCUGCUCCAGAUAGUGGGUGUUACGCAGCACCAUCAAAACCCAGCAAUGCCAGAGCAACAGAAGCAGGCUCCACAGGGUUUGAAGCUUCACAAGGAAACGAGGGGACAGCAUCAGAAAUCAUCCACUUGACAGGUGUUCCGACAUUUCAGGGGCCCCAGGAACCAGUUCUAUUAAAUCAAGCCCGAGUUCAGAACACUGCACUGAAUGUGUUGGACACUCAUCCUGGCGCACAGAGGGACCUGCAGCCAACUCCCCCCAGGCCAGAAGGUGAAGGCUCAAUGGAUGUGAUCCAGCUUCCAGAUCUGCUUAAUGAGCUUCCUGACAUUGAGCAGCUGAUGGCAACCAUUGAGCCUCUCCUUUCGGAUUGCCUGUUCCCAUCUCUGGGCCGUAAGGAGGAGGCAGAAGAGAAAACCACAGAGUCCUGCCUCCCAGAGGAAGCUGUGGAGAUAGCAGAGUCCCAAAGAGUCAGCAGCCAAUCCCAGGAUCUCUUGGGAUUGGCUUUGGGCACUCUGGAUAGCACAAUACCUGAAGAGACUCAUAUCUGUCUGCCAACUGGUCAAGAGCUGCACACAACCAAACUCCGUAGCUCAGAUGACAAAGAUUCAGGGGUGCCAGGAUCCCAGCAGUCAUGCCUCCGGGCACAUGAAAUGAAUCCUAGAGUGCCCACAGCCUACAAGGGCUCAGCUAUUGAGUUAAAGGAGGCCAGAAUAGUACUAGUCCCACUAUUUCAACAGGAGAAAAAAAUGGACAAGUCCAUAGGGACACCCAUCCCAGGCCCAAUUUACAUAGUUGAUGAUGGCAGCUCUCCAGCUGCAAAGCCAAAGGAUACGGGGAAAAACAAGAGGCGAAAGUCUCAGACCAGUAAGUGCAAAAGUCCAGAUGAUGGAAAACUGAGCCAUGAAGGGAGGCCACAUGAGAUUAUCAGGAAACGAAAAUGUAAUGAUCCCGGAUCGAAAAACGUCAGCAAAAUCCCCAGGAUCUCUGUGGAGCCAGGAGCCAGUAAAUUGAAUUCUGAUAAAAGCCAGUCCAAUCAUCUACCUUCAAAGGCACCUCAGACUAAGGGGAAAAGAAAAGUGGUUUCAUUUGAAGGAGAACUUUUACAAAAAAGCCCUGGAACAAAUCGGGAGUCAGAUAUAUCUAAAUGCUCAAAAUAUGAGGGAACAGAAAGCACUCUGGGAGGUGAGAAAAAAUGGACCAGCCACAAGCAUGGGAACAAGACACCACAGAACGUGCUAUCUGAGGCAAAGGGAGGGAAAAAGCUUCCCCAGAAGAGAGACCAAACAUUGCCAAAGAAGGGGAAAAUAGAAGUCUCUGUAUCCGGACCUGAUCUUUUGAGAAAACUACAGAAAAGUCUUGAGGUAGACCUGAGCAGUUCCCAAUCCAACAAUUUGCAGACAAGUAAGAAUGAUUCAAAGUACGGGGGAAAUCAGUCACAAGGCAAAGGCAAGGCAAAGGUAGACGUGAAUCUCCCUGCGGUUAAAGGGGUGAAAAAAGAUGCCCAAAUGGAACGGGAAAAGGCUUUGAAGCAAAUGCCUAGGAGCAAUCUAGCUUUGCGCAUGAUGGACUCUGUGCAGGUCUUCUACCCCCUGGGGAAGAACAAAGCUCCAUCCACCCAUAUUAAGAAGAUUCCUCCAAUUAGUGCUUCCAGCACAAUCCCCGAAAAGCCGUCCACCGCAACAGCAAGACCUCCGUCUAAACCACUUGCAAGGCCGCCACCUAGCUCACUAUCCAAAGCACCACCUGGCUCCUUGCCAAAGGCCCCAUCCAGUUCACUGAUGAGACAACAACCAGCUUUACUGGCUAAGCCACUGGUACAGCCAGUGAGGAAGCCAGGGCCGAAACUGAUGCUUGACCCAUCAUUCCUGCAACCAUAUGAGCCAAAGCCAUCGUCCUCUCAGGUCUCCCAAGCCAGCGGGCGGAGAGCGCAGGCCAGAGGGGCUGGGAAAACUGCUGGUCUCUCUUCCAGGCCAGCUGUUGUUGUAGCAGGAUGCGGGUGGACACCCAUCAGCGCGUGCUCCUCGACGCUCGUGAAACGUCAGCCUCCGGGUGACGACCCUUCUGCAUCCCCACCGUACGAAGGGGCGACAUUCAUCCCGUGGAGAACGCCCCCUGAUGACCUGGAAAUCUCGGAACCUAUAACAGAAGAACAACGACCCAUCAGAGAAAUGAUGAAGCGACGAGCUCAGAGGGAGAGGGAGGAGGCAGCGCGCUGGACAUCGGUGGGGCGAGUGCAGUUUUUUGUGGCGCGGGAGAAAGAAAUGGACAUAUCCAUUCGGUACGGCUACCCUCGGCGGUAA